UCACUUCUUCAUGAUCGUGUUCACCGUUCCCACAGAAAGAUUCGUCUCUUGUGCAAUUCCAGGACAGGUUAUGGAUCGAUUAUCCAGGAUCAGGUAUUCCAUUCACUGAAUGUUCACAGGAAUGACUGCUGUGGGCUGGGAACCACCACGGCCGGGAUCAUCACUGAGGGACGUAUGACCAUCUUUGAAACUUUUACACCAUUCAAAUGUCUUCCUGUAGCUGAGCGUCUCAUCACCGUACUGUGCUUGAAGUCUUCUGUAGAUAUCAGCGGGUUUUACAUCAUCACCAUGCAAUGUUCCAUCACCACACGC